AACAAUUUUCACAACACCAACAAAUAUUUCAGGAUCAGCAAUCAUUGAAAUCACCACCAACUUACGACUUAAAUCCUCUAGAUCUCGUAUCUGGGUAUGAACAGAUCACGUUUUUGAUAAAAAUCUUUUCCUUCGUGCGCACUUUGAUGAAACGAUAUGAGUAAAAUUACUCCAGAGUAUCUUGCGGCAGGUGCCAAUAGACAUCCUUCUGCUGCUGAUUGGGAUGAAUCAGGACUUCUAGCCUAUGGAACUGAUAGAAAUAUCGCAUUAUGGUAUCCUGGAGUAAGUUUUUAAUAUCUACCAUGAAGCUUCGAGCCAUGAGAAUAGAUGACUCUGGUUCUGCAAUGGAUGACCAGCAUGCUGAUGGUCGUUUAGAAUGAAUCUUCCCGAGGCGUUUUUGAACUUCUCAGUGGUCAUACCGAUACUGUUAAUGUCGUCAAAUUUAUCCCUAAAUCACAUGGUCUCAUACUUAGUGGAUCGGUCGAUAAGACGGUGAGGAUUUGGAAACAGGAUGAAGUAUCAAAGAGUUAUACUUGUAUUCAAACUAUUGCCGAUCAUCAGAGCACGAUCAAUUGUAUAGCUGUUACAGAAGGUUCCAAAAUCUUUGCUACGGGUUCGGCAGAUGCUAUCGUCAAGGUUUGGAAGCUCGAUGGUGAUAAUGUUGCAAGUUUGCAGCAGUCUAUCACCAUUACCCCGCGAUUAUUUCCAUUGGCAUUGGCUUUGAGUCCUUUGAUUGGCGCAUCAGAUUCUUUAGUUCUCGCAGUAGCAGGCACAAAAGAUAUCAUUCAGCUUCACGUGCUCGAUGCUCAAGCGGGAUCAGAAUUCAAAUAUAAGGCUACACUAUCCGGACACGAAGGAUGGAUCAGAUCAUUAGAAUUCACAAAAGAAAGCGAUAGUCCAACUAGUGAUCUACUCCUCUCAUCAGCCAGUCAGGAUAAAUAUAUCCGAUUAUGGAGAAUUCAUCAAGGCAAAGAAUUACCAGCCGCAGCAACGGCAGCUGAUCCAACAUUCGGAGCAUUCAUGCCAGGAAAAUCUCUUUCCAACAAAGCCCAUCGAUUUCAAGCCCAAGGAUUAGAUUUCUCAGCCACAUUCGAAGCACUUCUCCUCGGACAUGAAGAUUGGAUCUACAGCACACGAUGGCUCAAGCCAGCUCUAACUACCAACCAAAAGCCACAACUUCUCUCCGCCUCAGCAGAUAAUUCUCUCGCCAUCUGGGAACCUGAUAGUCACACAGGCGUCUGGGUAACCGUCGCACGACUCGGAGAAAUCAGCGCGGAAAAAGGAUCUACCACCGCCACCGGUAGCACGGGAGGUUUCUGGACCGGUCUCUGGUCACCCAAUGGCUCAACCGUCGUGUGUCUCGGACGAACAGGUAGUUGGCGUCUCUGGAACCAUGAUGCGUCUUCUGAUCGCUGGGCCCAAAGUACGGCUAUUACCGGUCAUGUGAAACCUGUGAUGGGAAUCUCGUGGUCGAAGGAUGGAAGUUAUUUGUUAUCGACUAGUACGGAUCAAACGACCAGGUUGCACGCGCAGUGGAAGAGAAAUGGGAAAAUUAGUUGGCAUGAGAUGGCUAGACCUCAGAUCCAUGGUUAUGAUUUGAAUUGUAUUGAUUCGCUUGGCGAAACUCAAUUCGUAUCUGGCGCUGAUGAGAAAUUACUUCGAGUAUUCAAUGAGCCAAGAGCAGUCGCCACACUACUCAACAAACUCUGUGGAAUCGGCAGCGAGAAUAUCGACAACAUGCCCGACGCAGCAAAUAUGCCCGUCCUAGGACUAUCCAACAAAGCCAUCGAAGCCAUAAGCGACGACCAAACUGUCGAGAAAAUCAACGACCACGAUCGCAACGCCAUAGAUCCCGCCUCCAUCGUCCACAAAUCCACACUAGACCUCUCACAUCCACCCUUCGAAGACCAUCUCUCCCGGCACACACUCUGGCCCGAAACCGAAAAACUCUACGGACACGGCUAUGAAAUUUCCGCACUGGCCACAUCACACGACGGCAGCAUCAUAGCCACAGCCUGCAAAGCCAGCUCAAUCGACCACGCCGUAAUCCGACUCUUCGAAACCAAAGAAUGGCACGAGAUAAAACCACCUCUUACAGCUCAUUCCCUCACAGUUGCCCGAUUACGUUUUUCAGACGAUGAUAAGUAUUUACUUUCCGUAGGACGAGAUCGUCAAUGGGUUGUUUUUGAACGGGAUGAGCGGGAUCCGCUGGUUUAUAAAUUGGUUGAGAAGAAUCCGAAGGGUCAUACCAGGAUGAUUCUUGAUGCUGCUUGGGCUCCUGGUUUUUCUUCAUCUACAUCUACAUCUACAUCUACAUCUACAAAUUCCACCUCCACCUCCACCCACUCCCCCAUCUUCGCAACAGCAGGAAGAGACAAACAAGUUAAAAUCUGGGCUCGCGACAGCACAACCCAAACCCAAACCGACACCAAAACAGAAACUCAACCAGAAACAAAAACAGAAAUCAAAGGCUUCACACUCAGAGCCACAAUAUCCAGCGAAACCCCCAUAACCGCUAUCGAUUUCCUGAACAAGACCAUAGACGAAGCUUUAUAUCUAGCCGUGGGCACCGAACUGGGAAGAUUUAGUAUCUAUCGUCUUGUUGUGGAUGGUGGUGAUGCUAUUACUGUUACUGAGGUUGUGUUGGAGAUAGGGUAUGUUUUAUUUCUUUCUUUUCUUUUGGAUUUUAUUAUUUUGGAUUUUGUAUUCCAUGUUUCUGUUAUUUCUUUUGGCUAUCUCCAUCUUCUCUUCGCAGAUACAGAUACACUUUAUACUUUAUACUUUAUAUGAUAUGCACAUCCUCGAGUAAUAUAUAAAUACAAGCUAACUCAUCCUCACUCACUAUCUAGUAAUAACUACUACCCCUCUAAAGCCAUCACGCAAUUAGCAUGGAAACCGCAGAGGUCUAAGAACGAUGCAUCGGAACACGAAAUCACAGAUUUGGAAUUGGCAAUUGCGAGUGAAGAUAGUUCUUUGAGGAUUUAUUCUUUAUGUUGAAUUAUUUCUAUGGGGUAUCGUAUGUUAAAGUACGCCGCCUCGUGUGAUGCUUGGUAACGCCUAGCUAUCUGUCUGUAUAUACAGAUUUUAGAGGCGUUAAGGCUCUCUAGAUAGUAUGGAUUAAAUGAAUGAAAUGAAAUGGGGU